AUGAGCAGCAGUGCGCCGCGCACUAGCCAGCUGUCUGGAUCAACAGCCUAUGCUGGAUCUUCAACGUCGCUCACCACACUCAAUAGCGACAUGACGGUGGUUGCCAAUGGCCCGGUUGUGGCCACGAGCAACAUCAUCAACCAGAAAGCCGACGCCUCUCGAUCCCUCUACCAGAUAUGCAUCUCCCUCAAGCAGCGCCUGGCCCAGGUGCCGGGCUUCGAACCCUUCCUCGAGCAUCUCGACCCGACAGAUCCAGUUGAUCCCCUCUGGAACCUCCUCCGCACUGGCUAUCCGCUCCUCGUCAUCUACAACACGCUACAGCCGGCCGAGCUGUUGAGUGUCGACGAUGCCAAUGCCUCCGACGCCAAAAAGUCCAAAAUCGCAAUCUUCAAGUUUGUCCAGGCCUGCAUGAAGGAACUUCAAGUGGCUCCUUCCGACAGCUUUGUCAUUACUGAUUUGAUGGGCAACGACACCAGCGGCUUUGUCAAGGUCACCCAAGUUGUUAACUACGUCCUUGACCUUGCCGAACAGCGCGGAUACCUCCUUCAGCUGCAGCCUUAUCCUGAUGGCGAGCCCACUGAUGCCGGCGCCGGCUCCAAAAUGACGUACCGAGAUCACGUCGUCAAGGAACUUGUCGAUACCGAACGCAAAUAUGUCCAGGACUUGGAGAAUCUGCACGACUUAAAGAAGGCGUUGGAGCAGAAGGGAGUGAUUCCCGGCGACGUCGUCCACCAGAUCUUCCUCAACAUCAACUCCAUCCUGGACUUUCAACGCCGCUUCCUGAUUCGAGUCGAGACCACAAACUCCAUGCCCGCCGCCACCCAACGAUGGGGCCAGCCCUUUGUUACCCACGAAGAGUAUUUCAGCAUCUAUCAGCCUUUCAUCGCCAAUCAGCGCAAGGCGGCGCAGAUUGCGAACCAGGUUUUCGACCAGAUCCAGCAGUCCGACCACCCUGUCGCCGCCGACUUCAACACUUUGGAUGGUUUCCUCCUGAAGCCCAUGCAACGUCUGGUCAAGUAUCCACUGCUUCUCAAGGAUCUGGCCAAAAAGACGGAAGAUGAGGAGACGAAAGACGAUCUUCUUGCCGGAUGCGAGGCUGCCGAACGCGUUCUCCAGAAAGCCAACGAAGCCGUCAACCGCGACCUUCUCGACGAUGCGCUGGAAGAACUCAUUGUCAGAGUCGAUGAUUGGAAAUCGCACAAGAUUGAAUCGUUUGGAAAGCUAUUAUUACAUGGCGUCUAUGGUGUCAUCACUGGCAAGAGUGAGCAAGAGAAGGACUAUGAAAUCUAUCUAUUCGAAGCUAUCCUGCUAUGUUGCAAGGAAAUAUCACCAAAUAAGAGCAAGGACAAGAAAGACAGGGCCCGACAGCAAGCCCCAAAGACGAGGAACAAGAAUGCAAAGCUGCAACUCAAGGGCAGAAUUUUCAUGACCAACGUUACUGACGUUGUAUCAUUGUCAAAACCUGGCUCUCAUAGUGUUCAAAUCUGGUGGAAAGGAGAUCCCGGUGUUGAAAACUUCACCAUCAAGUUCCUCACAGAGGAGAUGAUGAAGAAAUGGGCCAGCGGUCUGGAAACGCAACGUAAGGAGAAUGCGCCACGGGCUGCCACAAGUCCAGACGACAACCCUACGGAUUUCGCUUGGACACGAGACCAGGCCGGCGGGCUCGAAAACCCCUACCUGCAACAAGAAGAAGACGAUGACGACGACUUGGGACCCGCGACCGCUCCCGCUCAGUUUCCCAUGCCAACAUCUUCUUUCGGAGGCGCGAUCCCUCGAACUGCCUCAAGCUCCAACCUGAGAGACAUGAGGCAGCGCUCGGUAACGGCAGAGACAUCUCAGUCUCUUGCUAGCAUCGCGAGAGCCCCUCCUCCACGAUUCCCAUUGCCAAUGCCACCACCAGCCCCCCUUAGUCUCCAGACUCAAAGCAGCAUGACCGUCCCAUCGCCGGGAGUCCGCGGAGGGGACAGCUACUUUUCUCCUAUUGGUGACUCGCCUGCGUCUUCUCGAACCAGCACGACAAGCGGCAUGUUCCCACCAACCAGCUACCCAUUCCCAAAGACGGGAACUCCCCAGCCUGGGUGGGAUGAAAACAACCGCUACACAGCACCGGCGAUGCCACGUGCCCCGUCCAGGGACGGAACGCCCCCCAACGCCUUUCCAAACGGCAGAAACCCUCGCGGACCUUCUCUUCCUCCCAUGUCGCUCCAGAAUGUCACCAGCAACGGCAACAACGUUGGCCCCAAUGGGCAGCAGAGGAGCCGCUCGUACAGCACGCCCGAUGUGAAUGCCCAAGGCCAGCGGCGCCAGCCUAGCCAGGGCAGCAUCCCUGCCGUUCCCGGCAUUCCCAUGCAUCUUCACCCCGCGCACGACAGCUCUAUCCCGAGAUCGCAAACCGGCUCCCCCCGAAACGAUGCUCCCGCACCACUACGGACGAGCACACAGAGCCCGGGCAGCCAGGGCCCGCGGAUGCACAAGCACUCUCACUCGGGCAGCGUGGGUGGAACCAUGGCUCAGUUCCCUACUCAGCCGAUAUACCCUCGACAGGCCACUCCUGGACCUCCAAACGGCGCCAACGGCCUUCGUGUUGACCCUGCAGCGGCCAACUCAAGGACCGUGUCGCCUUCCCUUGGCACUGCAACCAUGUCUCAAGGCAUGCUUGCCCAUCAUGGCAUGAUACCUCAGGGCAUGAUGCCCUCAGGCAUCCCUGAUCUGGCCAUGCCGACGCAACUCAAGGUUCGCGUCACUUGCGACACUGGAAACUAUGUUACCCUUGUCGUUGCCUUCAAUAUUACUUAUCAGUCCCUCGUUGACCGGAUUGAUGCCAAGCUAGCGCGGUUCACAACCAGCAGCAUCGCACAAGGUGCGCUAAAGCUGCGUUAUCAAGAUGAAGACGAGGACUUUGUCACCAUCGAAAGCGAUGACGACAUCCAGAUUGCCUUUAUGGAGUUCCGUGACGGCAUGAAGAACGCCUACUCCGCCGGUGUAGGGGAGAUAGAGCUCUUCUGCGUCGGUGACAUGGCGACUUAA